UUGAGCGGCUGUUUGCGCGGUACACUAAGUUCCUUUCGCGGUCAGUUGGCAUUGUUUUCGUGUAUUGUCGCUAUCUCAAUGCUUGUUUUAACUAACAAAAAGUGUUGGCCAGUUUGAAUUGCAUGUAAACGGGUUGAGCUAUUUAUUUAUUUGUGAAAAUCGCUGCGAAUAGGGUCAUAACAAAACACGCAAAAAGCGUUUUAAUUCCGAGUAUUUCUUCAAAAAAAAAAAAAAAAAACAAUAUAUAAGCGUGUCUGUCUGUGCGCCUCGUGCAUGUGUGUUUGUAAACAGAACAACGCGCGUGAUUCAUACCUUUAUACACCGGGGGCAGCACAGGAAAAGUCGUCGACGACAGCGCGUAUUGUUGUUGGCCAGAAAGACACGGACACGAAGCCGUCCAUUGAACUGCUGCCGCUGACGACGACGACGACCACUGCUGCUGCUGCUGCUGCGACGCGACUGCGACGCAAUUGCUUCCUGGCAAAACGACAACAACGGCAACAACAUGGACAAAACAAUCUGCGCUGUUGUCGAGUACGAGUACGCCGCCAAGGAACCAGAUGAACUGGAUCUACACAAGGGUGCCAUCAUACAUCGCAUCAAACAGAUGCCCGGCGGCUGGUGGCAGGGCACACUGAAGGCCACCGGCGUAACGGGCAUGUUUCCGGAUAAUUUUGUGCGCGUACUGGAGCCAAGCAGCAAUGGCAACCACAGCGAUGACAGUGCUGUGGUGCAGCUCAGGGAGAAAUCAGCGACAUCGAAUCGCCGCUGUAAAGUCAUCUACAGUUACACACAAGUCAACGACGACGAACUGACGCUGGCCGUGGGUGAUGUCAUUGAAUUCCUAGGGGAGGUCGAGGAAGGCUGGUGGCGCGGACGUUUGCGCAGCAAAGUUGGCGUAUUUCCCUCAAAUUUUGUGCAACAUAUCGAACCAUCGCCGAUUCUGGCCUCCAAGCGGCCGCCAACGAUUGGUGCAACGGUCACUACAUCGGCGCUAACAGCCAAAGCUGCCAACAUAGCGACAACAACAACAACAGGAGCAGCAGCGGCAGCAACGGGCACAACAGCAGCAGCAGCAACUGCAACAGCUGCUCCUGCAGUAUCUGCAACGGCAGCAGCUGCACCUGCCACCAAUACAAGCACAGCGAAGCAGCAAUCAAAAAGCAGAGCCACGGCGUCCACUGUGAAUGCAGCAGCGGUGGCUGCGGCGGCAGCGGCGGCGGCGGCAGCGCCCACGUUACCACCGAAACCGCAGCGUGACUUUUGUCGCGUAGAGUUUCCCUAUGCGCCGCAGAAUGAGGAUGAGCUGGAGUUGAAGGUGGAUGACAUUAUCAGUGUCAUCAGCAUGGAGCUGCCGGACAAGGGCUGGUGGAAGGGCGAGCUGCAUGGCAAAGUGGGUGUGUUUCCGGAUAAUUUUGUCAAGCUCUUGCCACCCUCCGAAGUCGCGCCCAUUAACGAGCCAGCAGCAGUCGCCAGCACGCAGCAAUCACAGCGCAAGAUAAGCAACACGAGCCACAUGACCACAACGAACUCCAACAGCAGCAGCAGCAGCAGCACAGCCACCACGACGGUGACGCAGCAGCAACAGCAGCAUCAGCAGCAUCAGCAGAGCAGCGCUUCAACCACAUCGAAGGUAUACAUCAAAAAGACGGGCAGCAGCAGCAAUUCGUCUGGUUCGGGACGCAAGGAGAGCUUCGGAUCGCGCGAUUCGCUAAAUGAUAUACUCAGCGAAACGGGCCUGCCCAUUGGCACUGUGGCCGCCCAGCGCAAGUCGCUGGAGAAUAAGAACCUCGAUCUGAGCAAGCUGCCCGGCGGUGGCAAGCAGCAGGGCAACACGAUCAUAACAACAACAACAACAUCCACAAGCAACAGCAGCAGCAGCAACAACACUUCAGCUUCUGCGUACGCGGAGCUGCGCAAGAGCCUGGACAAUAUGGAUGAGAAGAUCAAGUCACCCACACCCCCUGUGGUGGGCAAAAAGCCCAGUGUGCCGCUCAAGAAGACGCCCACGGGCAGUGUCUCAGGCAACAUUUUGGGCGCCGGCAUGAAGAAGAAGAGCGCGGAGAGCAAACUAACUAGCGCCGUGUCGCACGACGUCUCCGAUGGCUUGGCCGGCAGUAAAUUAGCAGGCGGACAGCUGCCCGAGUCGGGCGCGGCUGGCAAUGUGGUCAUGAGACGUGCCGCUACCAUAGCCGUUGAGGAUGCGGACUUUGAUCGUGUCGAGCGCGGCUCCAUACUGCAAGAUAUGCGCGCCGGUCGCGUCAAGGCGCCCAAACGUCGCCCGCCCUCGGCGGCCAUAAAUGUGCUGGGCGAGAGCAACAACAAUUCGGUGUAUGUCAAUGGCAGCGGCAUGGCCAGCAGUGCCAGCGAGCUAAGUGAAGAUGGUGGCCCUGCUGGCAAGCAGGCGGCGACGGGCUCAUCCGACGACAAUUCGACCGGCGAGGAGCCGCAGUUGGCCAAGCCAAAGCCACGUGAAUGGGAGAAGAAAAAGGCGCCCUGGAUGGAGGAGCUGAAAGCGUCACAGGUGACACGCAAAAAGACCUCGCCCAAUGUUGAGCCACGCGGCGGUGCCAUCUCCGUGGCCGAGCGCACUUCAAAGCUGUUUGCCGCCGAGCAGGCGACAGCCACAACCAGCGUGGUGACCACCAGCGCAAUCAGCAGCAGCAGCAACUCUAUAUCCAGCAGCAGUGCGACUGCAACGAAAGUGCAAUCGAGUGCGGUGACUUCCUCCAGCAUCAUGCAGCAGUCCAUGUUCGUGGAGAGCAGCACCAGCAGCAGCAGCCAGAAGGUGGAGGCAGCCAACAGCAGCAGCAGCAACAGCACAAGCAUUUUGACCAGCAGCAACAACAGCCACGAUGCCGUCAUGUCCAAGAGCAUGUCUGCGACAAAGUCGUCAGCCACAGCAGCGCCAAUAGCAGCUCCGGCCGCCAGCAGCGAUGAGGAGUCACGCGCGGCACGCCCCAACAGUUUAUCGAUACGCAAUCGCAGCGUUUCGCCGCUGGUGAAAACCUCCAGUGCCAGCAGCAGCACGCAGCCGGAGAGGAGCAACAAUGUCAGCGUCAAUGAGAGUCCGGCGACAACGCUGCUCAACAAUCAUCAUCAGGUUGCGGCAGAGUCUUUGCCGCGGGUGCAACAGUUGGAGGGUCGUGUGGAUAAGUUGGAGGCGAUCGUGUUGAAGCAGCAGCGGACCAUUGAGGAGCUGGUGCGUAUGCUGCGCGAGGAGACGGAGCGGGUGAAGGUGCUGCGCGGCGAACUGGAUAAAUAUGCGCAACAGCAAACACGUCGCGGGAAAUUUGAUAAUUGGAGGUUUUGAAGCAAGAAAUUCAGCACUAGCCAGUUUUUAAUGUACAGCAAUUCCUUUCUUAUUUUGUGAUAAGCUAACUAAUAUUUAAAUAUUGUGCAUUUGGAACGUUAAAUCAUUUAAAAACCCAACAAAAUACGGCUAGCUAGCCAAUAAGAUUAAACAUAAAUCAUUAAUAUCCAAUUAUUAGCAAAAUGUUGCAAUUUAUUUUGAUAAUAACACGUUUAAUAUU